AAUUAAUUGAUAAAGUAUCAUUAAAAAUCAUGAAAAUCUUACAAAAAAUUAUGUAUACACAUGUUUUUACGAUAGUAAUGGCAAUAUGGUUCGUGCCCAUGAUUUACGGUCAUGGAGCCGACGAACCGGUGAUUGAUCUUGUAUCGGACGCACCAACUGAUGAUGUCGCCGAGUCACCUGGAACAGACGGAAUCGACAGUACUUGGUCUGACGCACACGCCACAUUUUAUGGUGACAUCCAUGGUGGAGGCACUCAACAGGGAGCUUGUGGAUAUGGUGAUCUAUUUAGACAAGGCUAUGGUCUAGCCACAGCCGCAUUAAGCACGGCACUCUUCAACAACGGGUACACGUGUGGGGCUUGUUACCAGAUCAUGUGCGUGAAUGAUCCACAAUGGUGUUUGCCCGGAUCCAUCAAGAUCACAGCUACAAACUUCUGUCCACCUAAUUACACCAAGACACAAGACGUUUGGUGCAACCCACCACAGAAACAUUUCGAUCUCUCCCAACCAAUGUUCCUCAAGAUCGCACAAUACAAAGCAGGGGUUGUCCCGGUUAAAUACAGACGUGUUCCAUGCGCGAAAACCGGUGGUGUCAAGUUCGAAACUAAAGGAAACCCUUAUUUCUUGAUGGUCUUGCCGUACAAUGUAGGAGGAGCCGGAGAUAUUAAGGCCAUGCAGGUUAAAGGAAGCCGAACCGGAUGGAUAACCAUGAUAAAGAAUUGGGGACAGAACUGGACCACCAAUGUUGUGUUGACCGGACAAGGUUUAUCAUUCAGGGUUACGACGAGUGACGGGGUUACUAAGGAUUUUAUGAACGUGGCACCACAUAAUUGGGGAUUUGGUCAGACUUUUAAUGGAGGGAUUAACUUUUAGGAAAAUAAUCUGAGUUUUGUUAGCUAAAUUUCUUACAACAAAAAGACUUAACAUAUGUAUCGAGUUCAAAAGUUAUAAUGAGAAAAGAAAUAUUUAAAAGUAAAUGAGGCUUUAUUAUGCUACCUAAUUUGAAAUCAUGCUUUUGAUUUUAACUUCAAACUAAAGAUUUAACCAGAGCUUUAUGAGUUUUGAGGACCAAGAACCAUUAUUUCGACAUGACAUUUCCGGUUUAGGUUUGGUUCAAAUUAUUCCGUUUUCUCGUAUGUACGGUUUUCUUUUUAUACGCACAUUUGACGGCACUAGAUUACAAACCUCUCUACAAAUACCGGUCUGGCGGUCUCCCACAUCCGGUUAAAAGAGCUUCAAAUACCGGUCUAAGACUUCCGGUUAAAAG